AUGGAUUCUCGGGACUCAGAUUCACAAAUUUUGGAACCUGAAAAAGAUUACAAUUUAGAUUCAAAAGAUAAUAUAUCACAAAUACCAGAAGUUGAAAAGGAGGAAAAUGAUUUAAAUUCAAAUUCUUUGAAAAUGACGAUAGCGCCAGUUAAUGAUCAUCAUAAUGCUCCAAAGCAUUGGAAUAAGUUAAGAAAUCUGGUAUUAGUGGAUGAAUAUAUUCCAUCAUCAUCUUUAUCACCAGAUUUACUUAAUAAUAAUGUUUCCGAGGACGCGAUUUCUCAAUUUUCUGCUGCAGGACAAUCACAAUUAGCAAAAUCAAACUCAAAAAAUGAAAAUACUGGAAAUUAUCAAGGGAACGCCUUAAAAAUAUUACGAUUUAAAACAACUGUACAGCAAAGGUCAGAUGUAAAUAGAUUGCAAAAGGAUCUCGAGAAACUAAUUGCUAAAAGAUAUGGAGGUUAUCUUUUUACAGGCAUGGGCAAUGGAAGCUCUGGAGGUUCUUCAGGACCUUUACCUGGAAACGAUAAAGGAAGCAAACAACUGUCAGAGCUGGAAAGAAGUGAUAGUGUAAGAAGCGUAGGAAAUAAUGUAAACUUUUUCUCAGAACUUAGUAAAUUAUUGAAACAAUGGAAUCAUGUGGUUAGAUUACCUAACAGUUCGCUAAUAUUGGCUGAAUUGGCCAAACCAUUUUAUAAUUAUCCGGUGAACGUUGAUGACUGUAAUAAAUCAUUAGACAUUUUUGAAUAUAUUAGAGCUAAUUAUAAACCUGCGGAUCCUAAUGAAAAUUUUACGCGAAUACAGUGGUGUUCAGAAAAUUUGCUUAAUUCUACUUCAAUGAAUUCAUAUUUCCCUGCUUCCGUUACAGCAAUCCACGCACUUUUGUAUACAUUUAUCCAUACAUUGGUUGUUACGGCUCCAGUCAGUUCGGAGAGAGCAGAGGAAUCGAAUAAACUUUUUGAAAUGGUUAAUGGGUUUUUGGCUCGAUUAGCCGCUGGAACGUUAGUUUCGAUAGACCCUGAUGAGAUGUUAAUUGGAAACGCUAGGGUGCAGAUCAACAAAUACGAUAGCUUGGCUCGUUGCAUAUUUUUAGAGGGUUUAGUUAAGUGUCUGCUAGUUAAAGACGUUCAAUUACGUAAAUAUAUUAUGGAAAAUCUUAUAGGGAAAUACUGGUUAGCUCCCGACUUAACGAUGCAAUCUUUAUAUGAGCAUAUUAUUCAAUUAUUUGCUCAAGCUUCGUUCGAGAUGCUAGUUGACCCAAUCUCAUCAUUUAUCGAUCCAUCAAAUCCCUAUAAUUCGUUACCUUAUCUAAUUCUUCAAAUUCUAAAUCAAUAUUUACCAGCAAAAAAUCUCAAGAAUAUAUCGUCACAUGUUGUAAGAUCACUUAUAAACGUAGUGGUGUCUAUUUUUGCUCUAUCAUGGGCCGAUAUAUCUCCGCGUAGUUCAUCUUUAUCAACUUCAAACAAACAAAAUAACAUACCAGUUCAAAGUUACAAUGACCAUAGUAAUCAAAAAACGAACGGAAGCGAACCUGGUACUGAAAAUGAAAAUUAUAUCAAUUUAAGACCAUCCUCUAAAGGUUCAGCUGGAUCGAAUUUAGCGACUACUUCUGAUGGAUUACUUACGCCCGGGGGUUCAAAACAGUCAUCAGCGAUUGAUGUGUUAAAAUUGGCUAAGGAUUAUGUUGAAUCUCUAUGGAACGAAGGGUGGAAGAAUGAAGUUAUAGAGCUUAUUAAAGAAGUAUUUGAACAAGAUAAUUUAGAUAGGAUUAUCAUUAUUUUUGAACAAUUAGUGUUUGGGAUAAACGAUUUUAUAGGCAACGAUAUUGUUAAGGAAACAAUUUCAGAUUUGUUCGCGAAAAUAGAAAAAAUCAAACCCGAGAAGCCACCAGCAAAUUUAAAGAAAAUGCUUUUGUCACUUUCUCUAAAGCAUCGCGUACAUUUUUAUAAGCCAAUGCUUGCAUGCGUUGCAUCAGAUAAUGAAUCAAAAGUGGCAGAAUAUCUUCAUCUUAUCUCUACGUUAUUAAAUUACAUAAGUGGUGUUGAACUAUUUAUGCAAGAUGCUGAAUUAAUGAGUGUUAUAAUUUUAAGUGAUGUUCCUGGUUCGACUAAAUCUGAUGAAAAUAAGCAUGAUUCCAGACUCUCCGUUUCUUGGGGUUCGACUACAAUUGGUCAAUGCGCUAUUAUCAUGGAGUUUGCCUGGAUUAUUCGACAAUUAAGAUUACAGCAACCUACCCGUUUAAAAGAUUCAAAGAAGGAUGUAAUGGCGAAAAAUUUUUUGAAUGAGCUUGAAAAGAGGAUAUCGAUAUUUUUAAUCGCAAAGGAAAAAUCUAAAUUACUUCCAAUGCCAUUACGUGUAUUGCUUUGUAAUCUUUUCUAUGAAAUAAGAUUAUAUUGUAAAACAAUCUACCGACCAGGUUGGCUUACGCGAAUAAUUGAUUGGAUGAUAAAUUCUUCACCUAGGACCGUAAUAUAUAGGGAUUCUAUGUUGCCUGGUUUAAAUCAAAGCAAUCAAAACAAUCCAUUCGUUACGCAAUCUGAGUUAGAAAUGGAUAAUAAUUAUCUUAAUGAAGUUGAAUUCAUAUUUGAAAGAAUUAGGGACGAAUAUUCAGAUGUCCCAGUACCUAUAAUACCGAAAUCGGCACAUAUUCCUCCUCCAUCAUCUCAUACUCCCAUAAAUCCAUAUAGUGACAUGAGGAGAAGCUCAGCUGUAGUUCCAGCAACAGAUCCUGCAAUUAAUGCGCUACCAAGAAUUUCGUCUAAAUUAGCUAAACAACAUCUUCAUAGGUUCAAUACAUUUAUUGAAGAUCCUGCGGUUUCGGUUUUAUCUUUGCUUGUUGCCGUGUAUAACACUAUAUCUGUGGAAGAAUUUACUAAGUUAGCACCGCAUAUAUGGAAUAAGUUCUUAAAUGAUAGGGAGCACAAACCUUUUGCUUCCGCCUCAUUCCUUUUCAUACUGUGCGGUGAAAAAUCACCUGAAACUGUUAAGGAUCUGAUUAUGAACGAUUUGUACAGUACAAAUGCGUUAGUUCGUGCUAUGACUCUUCGUAAAUUAUCCUCCCUUUUUGGUCACCGGAAUCAACUUCUAUCGCAACCUUAUGUAUCAGAUUCGAUUAGAAAACGUCCAUUUCGAACACAAGCACCUGCAAUACCUUUCGUACCGACCGAAUUAGGUACUCAAGGAAUAAUGAUGUAUGAUUCUCCAAAAGAAUUAAAACAUAAAGGUUCAUUAUCUUAUGUUGUGAAUAAAAAGAUAGAAGAGCUAGGAUGGGAUGAUGAAGAAGAAGUUGAUUUGGAUCGUUCAAAACGUAUUUUAACACCAAUAUCACUUUUACCUACCUUUCAUCUUGAUGAAGAAGAAUUUAAGAAAAAAGAGGAAGCUGAAGCGUUACAAGUUACACGUGAUAAAAUUAGGAGAAAUGUUCGCGGUGAUGCUGCUACAUCUAAUAUUCAAGUAAAUGCAAACAAGCGAAGAAAUGUAUCAAUACCUAUUUUAAGUUCCUUUUCUUUGAGGCUUCUUGAUCUGUUGGAUGAUAUGCACGGUGGUGUAUAUAACCUCACUAAAGAAAUUAUUAUGUAUUUUCUUAGAGAUGAUCCUCUUCUAUUUCUUCGUAUGUUUUUCAGCGAUUUAGGCACAUUAGAUUUUGAGACACAGAAAAAGCUUCUUACAAGAAUACACUUUCUUAUUUCGAUGCAACAUGUCUUUCCUCCGGGGUUUACUCAUAUAUUAUUCAAUCAUCUUGCUGGAAUAUUGAAAUGGUAUUCAAGAGAUAACAAAGAAAAUGGGUUGGGAUUAAUGACUUACGUUAUACCUACAUUGGCGGAAAUGGUUCCAACGGUUAAUGACAUUAUCGUUAGAGAUUUCAGGAAAAAUAAGAUUGAAAAUAUUCUUUGUACUAAUGGACAAUUCUGGUUUACUGAUGGAACCCCACAUACAAUGUUUCCAAGACAAUUAACUGAUAAUGAAGUUACAUUUCAUAUCCUUGAUGUCCCACUCGUCAUGUUUCAAGUGGCUAUGCUCCGAGUUGGACAUAUACACUUUAUUACAAAUUAUGUAAUAAAAUGUCCUAGGGAGGUUUAUUCCGUGAAAAAAAUGAUUCAAACCUUUGCUCCAACUUCUUUGACAAAUACUUAUGGUAAUUCAUCGGAUGCGAUAAACAAAGAGGAAAAAUAUUUCCCAGAUAUGGAAAAGUCACAAAAACGUUACAGCGGUUUUAAAAACGUCUUGUCAAGAAAAGAAAAGGACAUUAAAUUAAUAUCAGCAUUACGGGCGAGAUCGUGGUUAAAUUUUUUACUUUCAAUGCUAAAACGAUUAAAUAGCAAUUAUAACGAUCGUAAUGAGCUUAAUAUAUUUUUGAGUGGUGCUAAUGAUAUUAUUUUGGAACAUGCAAAUGAUUUUGGGAUUGUGGGACAAACUUUAGUUUUGUAUAUGACGGUUAUCACAAGGUUUCGUAGAUUGUUUGACAAUAAUCGAGGAUAUUCGAUCUUUAUUCCCGCAUUGUUUAAAGUCUUUUGUGAAUCAGAAAAAAUUCCUCCGAUUAGAUUAGCUAUUACAUUUGUAUGGUGUAAAUUUUUUCAAGUACACGGGGAAUCUUUCAUUUUUCAAACUCUUGGUAGCUUAACACCAUUAAUAUUAAAAGGGUCGACCAAAUCAACAAAGGUUGGACAAUGGUUGUCUUCAUCUCUUUACGAACUUUUCAAAGCUCUAAACACUCCUGUGAAAUACAUGGACUCGCUAGGAAUAUAUGAUGCGAUUGAUGAAUUACACAUAACCAAUCAAUUAUCGUUUGAUCCACCUCCAUUACUUAACAAUACAUUUAGAAGGCGAGCAAAUAGCUCAGCAACAAAGUCCAAGGGAGGAUUAUUAGGAACGUUAAAUGAUAAAACGUUUUCGUUGGAAGAUUUAGUUAGAUUAUUUUUAACUAUUAUUGCUUACGAUCCAGGUUCGCUUCGAGCUGAGCAAUUUGUACAAAUUCUACAAUACCUCAUUCCACACCUUUUAGAAGAGUCUUCUAGUGUUCGGACAUUAGUAGUCGAAGGAAUGACAUCUUUAACUGAAGUAUUCCUUAAAUUUUCAAAAUCUUCUAAACCAAUUAUUCAUUCUACAACGAAUUCUGAGAACAAUGAAACAAUGGAAAAUUCAUCCACGAAUAAACCAUUUGUUUCGGAGGCGACGACUCAAGCAUUCGGCAAACAAUGGCAACAGAAUGAUCGAAUGAUAAUAAAGAGACAAUUCUUAAUUUUAGUGCAGACAUAUAAAAAAUAUGGAGGAAUGCUAUCUGAUAGUUCACAUAAUAAGAUGGCAAAUAUCAUUAGGUUGAUGCUUAAAGAUUAUGCUGCUGUCAAAGUAAAGGUUUCGACAAAUUUUUUAAAAGAUUAUAUUACGGAUGUGUUGCUUUUCAACACCACAUUUGAAGAUGGAAGGAAACCGAUAAUGUCUUUGUUAAAACAAAUUUCAACAUCAUUCCGUCAACAUUACAAGAUAAUUGAUUUUUCUGGGUUGAUCGAAGGUCUGGUCUUAAUAACAUCAGACAAAUGCAGAUUUGCGAUUAAUGAUCACACAAUAUCUUUUACGCUUAAAGACAAAUUUGUUUCAUUUGGCCUGUCUGUUGCAUUAAAACCGGAUUGGGAAGAUGGCGAGUCUUUGCAACUUAAAUUGUGCAAUUGUCUUGUCAAAUUAUUUGUCGCUUUAAUGAUUCAUUCCGAUCAAGAUAUUCUAAGUGAAUUAGACAAAUAUUUACCUUCACAUCAAUUAAUGGCAUACAUUGUGAUUCCAAUAUGCCUUCAAUAUUUGCCUGAAGAUGUAUACUUUACUUCGAUUAAUUCAAGUGCCAAUCCCAAAACUUUGAAAGCGAAGAGUAGUUGGACUCGCUUAUUAUCAUACAUUACAAAAGCAUGUAAUAAAGAGUCCAUCAUGAGAUCAAAAAUAACCUUUACCCUCCUAGGCAAUAAUUCGAAACAAAAUAUUGAUGACAAGGAUGAUGAUAAUAAUGACGAAAAUGUUACAAAUAGAUCACUUCCAACAACAGCUGAAGCUGCGGCUACAUUCAUAAUAAGUUUCACGGCUCUAAAGAUUGUACUUGUACGCGCCGAAAAAUACUUUACAUUAACGAAAGGAAUGUGGGUUCAUAUAAGUCAAUUCGUAAGGCAGAUAUUAUGUACAGCUGGAACAUCACAAAUCAAAUCAGGAUUAUAUUCCUUAGGUGCAACGCCUGCGGCUAGCAAUACAAGUAUACAUAUAAGUAAUGAAGCUAAUGAUCAAAGUGUCGAUAGAACGUCCUUUUUACAUUAUAAUCAUCAUCCAUCUUCACCUGGAGGGGGGUUAAAUAAUUCCCAUAAUUCACGUUCUUCAUUUUCAUCCUCUUCGCUGGAUUUCGUUCUAUGGACAUUUUUGGAGUUGCUUUUGUUUUAUAAAUUACCACUUAACUUAUAUUUACGUACUUUUAUACAUCAAAAAUUACAGAAUGCAUCUACAGGAGCAAAUAGUUUGAGUCACAGACUAUCUGCGCUUGAUAAUAUUCCGAGAUCACCUUCACUUAAUAGUAAUGCCUCAUCAUUUAUUAAAGAAUCAUCUAGAAGAUCCAAAUGGAAAAGUUGGGGAGGUCCUCCAGCAGGUUUUCAACAGGCUUUAAAUAAAAAUCUAGAAAAAGGAAGUGUGGGAAGAAAUUCUAUUUUAAAAUCAGCAAAAGUUGAUAGAGUUAAAACUUUAAGUAUGGGAGAGGGAGGAGGAUCUUCUACAUUAAGUAGAGUAAGCUCAUUCGGAGUCGCAAAUGGUGGUAAUGAUCCACAAGAACAUCAUCAUAUCACAUUUACCUCGGGAGCGUCUACAAGAAAAAUUAGUGGUGUAAAUAAUUUAAUUCAUGAAACCUUAAGUGCAUACUCUAAUGUGCGUACUUUAAUGGGAUAUUUGAAUAGAUCUCAGAACUUAUCAAGUUCACAUGGAAACAAUUCAUCUCCAGAAUUAAGAGCCUGGAGUUAUAAACAAGUAAUAGAUAAAUUGAAAGAGGAAAAGAGAAUUGUUAUGGAAGCUUAUAAAGGUGCCUUUAAUGUUUUAGGGGAAGAAUCAUAUUUUGCCAAUGAUCAUAAUUCUUUUAAUGAAAUUAUUAAUA